CGAGACAGAGAAAGGGCUUCGGCGGCGGCAGCUCGGGCGGCGGCCGCGGGGGACAAAGGGCGGGCGGAUCGGCGGGGAGGGGGCGGGGCGCGGCCAGGCCAAGCCCGGGGGCUCCGCAUGCUGCAGCUGCCCCCGGGCGCCCCCGCCGCCGCCCUCGCCGCGGAGCCGCGCGGAGCGGAGCCGGCGAGCUAACCCGAGCCAACCGGCGGGCGUCCCGGAGGCGGUGGCGCAGGGAGGGGCCCGACGCGCGCACGUGGCCCCGGCGGCCGCCAUGGCGGACAGCGGCACCGCGGGGGGCGCGGCGUUGGCGGCCCCGGCCCCCGGGCCGGGCAGUGGCGGCCCAGGACCACGCGUCUACUUUCAGAGCCCCCCCGGGGCCGCAGGAGAGGGCCCGGGCGGCGCGGACGAUGAGGGCCCAGUGAGGCGCCAGGGGAAGGUCACCGUCAAGUAUGACCGCAAGGAGCUACGGAAGCGCCUCAACCUAGAGGAGUGGAUCCUGGAGCAGCUCACGCGCCUCUACGACUGCCAGGAAGAGGAGAUCCCAGAACUGGAGAUUGAUGUGGAUGAGCUCCUGGACAUGGAGAGUGACGAUGCCCGGGCUGCCAGGGUCAAGGAGCUGCUGGUUGACUGUUACAAACCCACAGAGGCCUUCAUCUCUGGCCUGCUGGAUAAGAUCCGGGGCAUGCAGAAGCUGAGCACACCCCAGAAGAAGUGAGGGUCCCCGACCCAGGCGAACGGUGGCUCCCACAGGACAAUCGCUGCCCCCCAACCUCGUAGCAACAGCAAUACCGGGGGACCCUGUGGCCAGGCCUGGUGCCAUGAGCAGGGCUCCUCGUGCCCCUGGCCCAGGGGUCUCUUCCCCUGCCCCCUCAGUUUUCCACUUUUGGGGUUUUUUAUUGUUAUUAAACUGAUGGGACUUUUUGUGUUUUUAUAUUGACUCUGCGGCGCGGGCCCUUUAAUAAAGUUAGGAUACGCCUUUGGUGCA